AAAACCAUCCGACCAUGUUCCAUAAUUUCCAUUUGCUCCUGCUCUCUUCGCUUCUCUUCUCUGCUUCCAAAAUGCCUCGAAACACCAACAAAGCUCUCACUCUCAUGCCAAAUCUGGUGAAACUCCCACCGACCAAAUCCCUCUCUCUCUUCACCUCCUCAACACUCAACAAUGCCUUCCACCACACGCACCAAUCCAUCUCUCUCAUCCUCCACCUCCUACUCUCCUCCCAAAUGCUCUCACACGCCCACUCUCUCCUCCUCCGCCUCUUCUCCGGCCGAAUCUCUUCCCCAUCCUUCACCCCCUCAUCUCUCCUCAACCACCUAACCAAAACCCACUUGGAUUUCACCCCACACCACGCCCUCCUUUACGAAUCCAUCGUAAACUCCCAUGUCCAGCUUCACUUACCCGAAAAAUCACUCUUUUAUUUCAACCAAAUGGUAAAUAAAGGCAUGUUGCCCACGUCGAAUUCUUUCAACGGUCUUUUAUCUUGUCUUUUAAAAUGCAAUGAGUUUGAAAAAUCUUGGCGGGUUUUUGAAAGUAUGAGGGGUAAGGUUGCAUUGGAUGUGUAUAGUUUUGGGAUUAUGAUAAAGGGUUGUUGCGAGAAUGGUGAUUUGAAUAGAGCUUUUGAGGUUCUUGGGCAAUUGGAGGACAUGGGGUUGUGUCCAAAUGUUGUGAUUUAUACUAGUUUGAUUGAUGGGUGCUGCAAGAGCGGCGACAUUGAUCGGGCGAAGAAGUUGUUUUAUGAGAUGGGGGAGUUGGGUUUGGUUGCUAACCAGCACACUUUUACGGUUAUGAUUAAUGGGCUUUUCAAGAAAGGGUUUAAAAAAGAUGGGUUUGAGCUGUAUGAGAAGAUGAAGCUUGGUGGUGUCUCACCUAAUAUUUAUACUUACACUUCUGUUAUGAAUGAGUAUUGUAAUGAUGGGAGGGUGAAGAAUGCAUUUGAACUGCUCGAUGAAAUGCUUCAACGAGGGAUUUUUUGUAAUGUCGUGACAUUCAACACUUUGAUCAGUGGGCUUUGUCGAGAGAUGAGGGUGUCGGAGGCUGAGAAGUUAGUAGGUCGGAUGAAGAAAGGUGGAUUGAGUCCAAAUGUAAUCACUUACAACAACCUAAUAGAUGGUUUUGGUAAUGUUGGAAAGAUGGACAAGGCUGCAAGGUUGUUCAAUGAAAUGAAAUCCAAUUGUUUGUCACCUUCACGGGUUACCUAUAAUGUUCUCAUUUCAGGCUUUUCUAAAGCUGGUAAUCUCUCCAGAGCUGCAGGCUUAAUUAAGGAGAUGGAGGAGAGAGGCAUUUCUCCAACUACAACAACAUAUACAAUUCUAAUUGAUGCUUUUGCUCGAGGGGAUGACAUGGAGAAGGCACUUGAACUGUUUAAUUCCAUGCAGAAGGCUGGCUUGGUGCCUGACGUCUGCACAUACGGGGUCUUAAUAAGUGGGUGGUGCAGAAAGGGUAACAUGAAGGAAGCAUCAACACUUUUUAGGUCAAUGGGUGAGAUACAUUUGAAGCCAAAUGAUGUAAUAUAUAACAUGAUGAUUCAUGGGUACUGCAACGAGGGUAACUCCUACAGGGCCCUAAGGCUGCUCAGAGAAAUGGGUGAGAAUGGAAUGGUUCCAAAUGCGGCUACUUACAGUUUCACUUCUCAAGUGCUUUGCAAGGAUGGGAAGCGGGAAGAGGCUGAAGUUCUUGUUAAUGAUAUGAUACGCUUGGGUCUAAAACCAUCAGUAUCUAUCUGUAAGCUGAUUUCUAAAGCUAAAGUUAUUGAUGAAUAGACAGUUUGGAAGCACUUUGAGAAUUUUGCUCAAGGAAACUGGGGAGUGAAGGAAAUAAGAGAUCUAGGUAGUAGCUGCUGCCUUUUUCUCUAUAGCCCAAGGUUAUUCCUUGUUGGUUCAGAAGCAUUGAAACUCUCGGAAAGCAUAGGUGAUGGAAGAUGCGUUGGUUUUAGGGCGUGUUGCAGGUGGUGGUGGGCGGCCAAGGCUUGUGUGGGCCAGUGGUGGUUGUACACCGGUAGUUGCUGUGAAAUGCUGGUGGUGAGGGAUAACUUGGAUGCCAAAGGUUUUGUUUGGAUAUUUACUUUUGGAAACCAGGAGAAUGAAGAUUAUUUUUGUCAUCAGAUUUUAAUAACCACCACAUGUGCCAUUCACAUGACAUUUUCAUCAAAUAUUCAAACGGAAUACGAAGGGAUGGAUGUGUUGCUCUAUGCAGGAAGCAACUUACAAGUCUGCACCGGGUUCUAAAUUCAAGCAAGGGAUACCAUGGGCCGUCAAAGACCAUUAUGCUACACUCCCGCAACCUAGCUCAAAUAUGGUCAUCACUGUAUUUCUGGUUCAUUUCUUGUUUCUUUGAGGCUUUCUAAUUGGACGUUCUAUUGGUUGCAUUCUUGCUUGUGGAUUUCCAUCAUCAUCUUUUUAAUAACUUUAGCGUUCUAAAUAUGGCUAGAGACAACCACUGGUUGAUGGUCUUGUUUGCCUGAUAAAGCAUUAACCUUAAAGGUUCAGAAUUUUGUUAGAAAAUCUGAUAGAUGUCUUUUGUUAUAUGAACCUUGUUUGAUUGGAAAGUGAUAUCUGAAUCUCAAUAACUACUUCUGGGUGUAAAGGUGUUGGAUAUUUUUCUUUCCUUGGGUAACUUUGGAAUAAUUGGUCAAUUUCAGCCUUGUGAAAGCCUAUGAAGGCCAAAUAUGGUGAAUAUUGAGUGGCGCAGAGUUGCAUUUUGGAAGAUGCAUAUUGGGUUCAUAGGCUGAGAGAUGAUCAGUCUUGUUUGAGUUCAUUUUGGAGGUGUCACAUCAACGACUUGUUUUCUCUCAGGUACCUUCCCAGAGGAACUCUAUGUAAUUGCGAAGUGAACUAAAUGUAAUGCAUGCUUUUUGUCCUAUAUAUUCCAUCUGGAAGACAAGUGAACAUUUUUGCCUGUUUUCAUCGACGGUUCUUUGUUUUUGCACCUUUUUUGUCUUCCAAAUGUUCACAAGUAACAAGAGAUGUCAAGAUUAAGAGGACAAGAUCGUUGUUCAUUGCAUAUCAGUUGAAGAUCAUCAAGCUGCUAGGUAGCACAGGGUUGGACAGUCGAAGCUAGCAACAUGCGAAAACGGCUGGAUGGCGACUAACCACACCCCCACCACCCAUAGAUACCAGCACAACCGGUGGAGAGCCACCCAAGAAGUCAGUUGUGGCCAUUGCAGCCGAGGUUGAUGACACGCUCGCAGCUUCCACCUCCUCACAGUAUGCUAUGAGUUCUGUUCAAUCUUCAUUUGCAGCUGUAGAGGCCAAAAAUGCUGGGCUAACGAAGUCCUUUUUCCUUAUCUUCUUCAUUUCUGACCCCCACCUAUCAACUCAUUCAGUAACUUGCCACCUCCACUGCCACCGACUGCUCCACCGAGCAACACAUAUCAGUCGAUCUUCGUGCCACAAGGCCCGCAACUGAUGUUGCAGCAGAGUAAUAACUCCAAUCUCAAACCCAAUACCAUUUACUAUCAACCCCCUUCCCUCAACUGCAAAUUGCACAAAUUCAAUUGUUCUGGUUCUUCGAUGAAAUUUGUGUAUUCUAUGUUAUGUAUCUUCUGAAUCUGUUGUUAUAUCGUAUGUAUGCAGGAUCCAACUUAUGGGUCUGCAAGUGUCAUCUUGUUUGCUAGUGAAAUUUCACUUGUUCUGGUUCUUCAAUGAAAUUUGCUGUUGUUUCGAGACCUUAAAA